ACUAAAUAAACAACCAGCAACUCUUUAAGGCGUUCGAGUGAGGGGGAACAUCAAAAUGAUGCUGCCGUUUAUGAAGUUGGGAACCCUGGCCAUAAGAACCCUAGCAAAACCCAUCGCUUCCAGGCUUAAGCAGCAGGCCGGCGUCCACCCGAGGUUCCGCGAGCUCAUCGUCAAUCUUGCUCAGAUGAACCAUCGUUUCACUACAACAAUACAAAGGAACAUAUAUGCUCAUUCAACUGAUGUAGCAAUACGACCCCUGAAUGAAGAAAAGGCUGUACAAGCUGCUGCAGAUCUCAUCGGAGAGCUUUUUGUUUUCUCGGUUGCUGGGGUUGUUGUAGUCUUUGAGGUGCAAAGGAGUUCUAGGUCAGAGGCAAAGAAAGAAGAACUACGCAGGCAGGAAUUUGAGGCACUAAGGAUAAAGGUGGAGGAUAUGGCCUCAGAGUUGGAACUUCUAAAGCAGAAGCUUAGUGAGAUAGAGAAGCAAUCCAAAUCAUGGGGACUCUCAAGCAUUCUUCACUUGAAGGAACCCCAUUCCCAGGUGACCUCCCAUCCAGCUGCUGCUGCUGCUUCAUGAGAGUGUAGAUUUUUUUUUUAAUUUUUUUUAUUUU